UCAAGAGGAGUACGUACCGGUACAUCACCAAUGAAGACGGACAAUCCAUCCACCAGAAAGAGAUUCCGUAGGUACGACGGGAAAGCACCAAAUUGGGCCACCAAUUGCUGGUACACAUCGAUCAGGACACAUCCGAGGCUAUACAACCAGGAAGCUUGCUUACUAGCCCGCGAUUCGGUCACAUAACUAGCCGGCUUUUCGUGAAGCGGAGGUAGGCGACGAUAUCCACGCAACACAUCACAUCUCAUUCCAUCAUAGUACAGUGCAAUCCCAGCGAUUUUCUUGACAGAAGAGGCAAAGCAACAAUCCACUUAACGGUCGACUUCCAUACCUCCGAGUGUGCCUCUUUGUUGGUUUGAUUCGAACCACGGAAGCCGAAUACUUCUAAUCGAUUGAGUUCGAUUUGAUAACAAGAGCAAAAGCAGGAGUUAGAAUCAGAAACAGCAGAACAAUGGACCACGCGGAACCUCUGAACGACUGCAMAGUGCCUAUAGCAGUCGAACACAGAAACCAUGACGAUCUUCCGAACACGAGUGCGAGCCUGAGUAUGAGUUCCUUUUCGGCCGGAGCGACAAGCCAUGACGAGGGCGCGAUCCCCACUUCGGCUGCACAAUACUACGAGGGCGAGGGCUUACACGCAGAUGUGGGUGAAGACGAAACCGAAGUUGUUGCAUUGCGUCGCGAGUACGGAAUGGUAACACCUUCCCCGAUCCACCACCACGAGCCGGAAAUUGACUACGGAGGACUUGCCCUGGUCUUUUUGGCACCCGCCCUGGGCGGAUUUCUCUACGGGUACGACAUCGGGGCGACAUCCUUCGUCCUCAGCAUGAUGCGGGCCGACCGGGACCACGAUCACUGGUGGCACAACUUUAGCAAGGUUCAGCAGGGGCUGUACGUCUCCUGCCUGGCGCUUGGGGCGCUCAUCGGGUCCCACAUCGUCCUGACCUUCCUGGCGAACACCGUGGGCCGGAGGAAGGAAAUCCGGAUCGCUGCUACCCUCUAYAUCGUAGGGGCAAUGCUCAAUGUCAUGUCUGGGACGAUCCUGGCUACCACGGGGGUCUUUCAGUGGCCUCCGAGGUGGUACGCCAAGAACGGGGACGGGAGCGACAAGUACUACUCGUACGAAUACACCUCGAUCGGCUUUGGCUGGGGCUUCACCUCGCUCAUUGCCGGGAGGCUGYUAUACGGAGCCGGUGUCGGCUUUAUCAUGCACGGGGCACCGACCUACAUGGCGGAGAUGAGCCCGUCGAAUGUACGGGGGGCCCUAGUAUCGGCCAAGGAAACCGUCAUUGUCUUUGGGAUCGUGGUGGGGAUGCUCAUGGGAGAUUUGCAGUCGGACUAUCCCUCGAAUUGGACAGGUGCGUAUUAGUUUAGAUUAUAGUCGAUUGCGAUGAAUGGGUGAUGGAUUCGUUUGGUUGCGGGUUGUUUUUGUGUGCUACUUGUGCAAUGUAUUAUUUGUGUGUGCUGGAAUGAAUUGUUUUGCUGUACAGAUUUGCUGUAAAGAACUUGCAUUCACACUCUAAUCUGCUCCAAUCUCUCCAAAUCGACGCUGUACCGCGAAUUGCAUUGCUGUGUUUUGUACGUAUUCUGCGACAAUGAUAAUAGACUUAUACGGGUACUCGAUACUUUUCGCCGUUCCUAUGCUGCUGCUGACCUUCAAGAUUCCUCGAAGCAAGCGGUGGUUGCUCAUGAAGGGCUACCACGAAGAAGCUCGGGAAUCGAUGCAGUUUGUCUACAAGGGGAACGUGGAAGACGAGUUUGAAAAAAUGGCCGAGACUAUCCAGAGUUUGUGCUGUAACCAUGGGCGAACCGUCUCAAGUAGCCACCUCAAUGUCGACUGCGACGACUCGGUCACGGGCGGGAACAGCAUCCACAAAAGCGUCGGAACGGCGGAACGACACGGCGGCCAGGGUGGCGACGAGGGCAACCCGAACGACGAAGGUGGCAACGAUGACGACGAUCCAAACAGUAUGUGGUCUUUGAAGUACCGAAGAGUGAUGAGCAUCGGAAUGGGGCUCCUUCUGGCCCAGCAAUUCUCGGGGCAGCCCUGCGUCUUAGCCUACUCGCGGGUCCUCUUCGAGGCCGCUGGUUGGGGUGGGAACACCAGUGUGGUCACGGUUACUAUCAUGGGAAUUGUUUCGUCCUUUACGGUGACGCAGGUCGAUCGGUUAGGACGGAAGAAGCUCCUUGCGGCCGGGAGCGCUACCAUGCUCCUCGCCGUGAGCCUCCUCGCUUUUGGAUUCUGGGGGUGGGACGACAACUCCAACGACAAGCUCAGCGACUUCAAGAAACAACUUGUGUUGUGGAGCAUGUUCAUCUUUAUUUCUGGCUACCAGAUCGGAUUCGGGCCCAUUUCAUGGACCGUGCUGAGUGAGAUCUAUCCGACGGAAAUACGCGGGAUUGCCAUGGCGCUAAGCGUCGAAGUCAAUUUUUUUGCCAAGUUUUUGACGCAGUUGUUCUUCCCCGUUAUCCAGGAUGCUCUGGGAUGGGGGACCACCUUUAUUGUCUUUGCCUUGACUAUUUUCUCGGGACUAGCAUUUGUCCUGUUCAAGGUCCCUGAAACCAAGGGUAUGACGCUUGAGGAAAUCCAGAUCAAGCUCAAGACCGAAGACACGUGCGAUACGGCUGAAAUUCUCAAAUCGCUUGGGUUGGACCGUUUUAUGGAUGGCGAGGACUCCAAGGCGCUCGGUCCGUCAAACGAUAGCUUUGAAUACGCAAACAUGGAAUCCGUCGACAAGGCAAGCGUUACUCUGCGGGAACGAAGGAACUCGUCUGUGGCUUCCUUUUCUUCCGCAGUGGAACCGGGUUGCAAUCCCAACCUAACUCCGAUUGUGUAAGGUCAGAAGGAAUCACAUCGCGGCGGACCGUUGCCGAUAUGGACAUCCGGUGGCUGGCUUGCAGGCUCGCGGGCCAACAACGUUCGCACAUAGCCGAACUAGAAGGUCAAAUCUUUGUUCCCGAGCAUUGGUGGACACAGCUGUCGCGGCAAUCUGCACGGUCUGUCCGCAACGUUCCAACUCAAAGACAUCCAAAGCAUUGUGGGAUGGAAAGGCACGGAUCUGGAACAAACCAACCAGAGCCGUGAAAACGGCCUUGUUGAUCGCUAUUGAAUUCAUCGACGCGAUAUAUGCUACGUAACACCUGUAGAAAAUACCACCCCAAUGAUUCGAUGGCGGAGCAAGCGAUCACGGCGGCUGCAUCCCUUCUACGCAGAAGCUUCAGCUACGUCUGCACGAAUGCCUACUGGAAUGAGCUGAAAAAAUGAAACGGGAGACUUCACUAACCGCAACCGGAUCAAGAGAAAGAGCAAAAACAGCAUAUCAAAACAGAUCUCGUGUUGCCUCUCUCGCAUGGUGCAUUUUUGUGUGCAGCGCAUCGAAUUACAACCACGCAGCGCAAUAGGUUKAUGGUGAAAAAAAAAGCUACUGCAUUCAUGGAAAAUGCAACCUUCAGAAUAUCGAACAAAAUUAAAAAUCGGAUAUCGAG